UGGGAGUUUGGUGGAGUUAGAUGGUCGGGCUGGUCCGAAUCUGUGUGUCCGACGUGCCUCGCUUAUCUUACUCGGUCAGUCUUCAGUGUCUUCAAUCAGUUUCAAUUACGGAUAUUUGGCGAUUUGCUGGCUACGAUCUGUCAUCUGAGUAUUCGGUGUCACGACGCCCUUUAGCGGAAAGCUCCGAUUGCUCCGAAUUGAUCACCAUACUCUCGCUAAACUUUCACCGUAGAUUUCUUCCAGAAAAAAUGCGGUACCUGCUACUAUUUUUAGUAGGUUUGAUAAUACAAACAUCGGUCGCGCCGCCUGUUGAAAAAAAAAACGAGGAUCACAAAGAUAAGGAGAAUGAGAUCGACGAUUCAGACGAUUUGGGAGAUCCGGAAUAUCAAAUGGAAUAUCACCGAUACUUAAAGGAAGUGAUCCAGGCUUUGGAAAGGGAUCCAGAAUUCCGUGCAAAAUUAGAAAACGCUAAGGAAGAAGAUAUACGUACGGGCAAGAUUGCGCAUGAGCUGCAAUUUGUAGACCAUAAGGUCAGAACGAAGCUGGACGAACUGAAACGAGAAGAAUUGGAGAGGCUGCGACAUCUCGCUACCAAAGAGUAUAAUCGUAAAAAUGAUUUGGAUAUAGAACAUUUAAAGAUAGCGGAGCAUUUGGAUCACUCUAACGCGCAUACGUUCGAAAUAGAUGAUCUGAAGAAAUUGAUCGCUAAGACCACGAAAGACUUAGCUGAAGCCGAUAAACGAAGACGACAGCAAUUUAAGGAAUAUGAGAUGCAGAAGAAAUUCGAGGAAGAACAAAAGAUGAAGGGUAAUACCGGUAUGAAGGAAGAAGAGAGAAAAAAAUAUGAGGAAGAAUUAGAAGCGAUGAAGAAGAAGCACAAGGAUCACAAACCUUUGCAUCAUCCCGGUAGUAAGCAACAACUGGAAGAAGUAUGGGAAAAGCAAGAUCAUAUGGAAGAUCAAGAAUUUGAUCCCAAGACAUUCUUUCAUCUUCAUGAUUUGGAUGGAAAUGGUUACUGGGAUCAAGACGAGGUGAAGGCUUUGUUCUUGAAGGAAUUGGAUAAACUUUACACAGAAGGCGCACCUGAAGAUGACAUCUACGAGAGACGGGAAGAAAUGGAAAGAAUGAGAGAGCAUGUGUUUAAUGAAGCUGAUUUUGAUCGCGACGGUGUCAUAAGUUACCAAGAAUUUUUAGUACAAACGAUGAAACCAGAUUUCCAGCAAGAUGAAGGAUGGCAGGGAUUGGAUGAGCAGCAAAUUUAUUCUCAACAAGAGUAUGAAGCUUUCCAGAAGCAUAGACAGGAAGAAAUUCAGAAAAUGGUUGCUAAAGGAAUGUUACCACCACCCCCUGACACUGUACAGCUACCCGUUCAACAUGAACAGUUUCCGUCACAAUAUCAGCAACAAUACAACUAUCAACAAUAUUCGCAACAGGUGCAUCCUUCACAACAACAGUAUUCAGGACAGGUACCACCGCAGCAACCAAUAGUCGGCCAUGUGCCACAAUAUCAGGGCCAAUUGCCGCAGCAACAACCCUAUCAACCUCAAGUCCCACCACUUCAGCAACAUUAUCCUGGCCAAAUUCCGCAACAGCAACAAUAUCAGGGACAACAGUCACAGUACCAAAUGCCAGUACCGCAACAGCCGCAGUUCCAGGCUCAACAGCCUCAGCAAGCGCAGCAGCAAUUCCAAAAUCAACCUCAGCAGGUUCAACAACAGCCCCAAGGCCAGCCUCAACAGAUUCAACAACAGAUUCAGGGUCAGCCUCAACAGGUUCAACAACAAACCCAAGGCCAGCCUCAGCAGACUCAACAGCAAACACAACAGCAACAAAUGCAGAAUCAAAUGCCACAGAAUACUCAGGGUAACGUUCCGAGUAAUCGAAGUGCUGCACAAAUCAACCACAAUCUUCCACAGCAACAAGAUUCGAAACCCGUUAAGCAACAAAUCAACCAGAACAGUAUACCGAACAUGUAGACAGUGUAGGUAAUGCGAUACAAA